CGGCCGAGCGGAGUUCGCGCGCGCCCGUGCACAGCUGCCCGCUUCGGCGGCUGCGCUGCUCGCCCGCGGGGACGUCGCGCCCGGGUCUCCAGCAUGACGGAGCUGAGGCAGAGGGCGGCCCGCGAGCCGGACGCACUGCUCGAGGACAAGGAGUUGGAGUCUGAAGCAAAGGUUGAUGGAGAGACUGCAUCGGACAGUGAGAGUCGAGUGGAACCUGCUCCCCUGCCAACCUCUGCAGAUGAUACCCCGGAGGUCCUCAACAGGGCCCUUUCCAACUUGUCUUCAAGAUGGAAGAACUGGUGGGUAAGAGGCAUCCUGACUUUGGCCAUGAUUGCAUUUUUCUUCAUCAUCAUUUACCUGGGACCAAUGGUUUUAAUGAUGAUUGUGAUGUGUGUUCAGAUUAAGUGUUUCCAUGAGAUAAUCACUAUUGGCUACAAUGUCUACCACUCCUAUGACCUACCCUGGUUCAGGACCCUCAGCUGGUACUUCCUACUGUGUGUAAAUUAUUUCUUCUAUGGUGAAACAGUAACGGAUUACUUCUUCACUCUGGUCCAGAGAGAGGAGCCUUUGCGAAUUCUCAGCAAAUACCACCGAUUCAUUUCCUUUACUCUGUAUCUAACAGGCUUCUGCAUGUUUGUGCUGAGUCUGGUCAAGAAGCACUAUCGACUGCAGUUCUACAUGUUUGGCUGGACCCACGUAACCUUGCUGAUUGUUGUGACCCAGUCGCACCUCGUUAUUCACAACCUGUUUGAAGGAAUGAUCUGGUUCAUCGUCCCCAUUUCCUGUGUCAUCUGUAAUGACAUCAUGGCCUAUAUGUUUGGCUUUUUCUUUGGUCGAACCCCGCUCAUCAAGCUCUCCCCGAAGAAGACCUGGGAAGGCUUCAUUGGGGGCUUCUUUGCCACUGUGGUGUUUGGACUCCUGUUGUCCUAUGUGAUGUCUGGGUACCGAUACUUCGUCUGCCCUGUGGAGUACAACAACGACACCAACAGCUUCACCGUGGACUGUCAGCCCUCAGACCUGUUUCGCCUGCAGGAGUACAACAUUCCCGGGGUGAUCCAGUCGGUCAUUGGCUGGAAAACGGUCUGGAUGUACCCCUUCCAGAGUCACAGCGUUGCCCUGUCCACCUUUGCCUCGCUCAUCGGCCCCUUUGGAGGGUUCUUUGCAAGUGGAUUCAAACGAGCCUUUAAAAUCAAAGACUUUGCCAAUACCAUUCCCGGCCACGGAGGCAUCAUGGAUCGUUUUGACUGCCAGUAUCUGAUGGCCACCUUUGUCAACGUCUAUAUCGCCAGUUUUAUCAGGGGCCCUAACCCGAGCAAGCUGAUCCAGCAGUUCCUGACCCUGCGGCCCGAGCAGCAGCUCCACAUCUUUAACACGCUCAAGUCUCACCUGACUGACAAGGGGAUGCUGACAGCCGCUGCGGAUGAGUAGGGGCCGCCGUGCUGAGAGAGCAGGACUGAGCAAGGGGCGGUCUCAGGCAAGCCCAGCUGAUGUGUGACUUAGACAAGGACAAGGCUUGAACUCACUUUUUUUUUCCCUUUUUUUGGUAGAAUUUUUUUUUGUUGUUAAAAAUAUCUGUAUAUAGAGUCUGUGUGUUUAUGAUUGGGAUUGUGAGCGAACUACAGCUUCGAGUCGGAAAGAAGUCACAGCGUAAACCCACUUGGGUUUUUUAAACAAAAUAUUUAACAAUCUGGAAGACAGUGUUGCCCAGCAUGUGAGCAUCUACUUGGUGGUCCUAGCCCCCCGUCGAUUGCAGCAUUUCUGGGCUUGAUCAGAGAGCAGUGAGCAUCUGCGUCUGACAGGCAGGGCAGAGGCGCGGCUCGGGUGUCUUUGCUGUGCUGGCAAGCUUUCACCUGAGUGCUCCCUGGUAACCUCUGCCUUGGAGCUCUGAGAAGAGGGUUGCCUUCUGCUGGGCCGAAGGGACACAGGCUUAUUCACCACACAAGCAUUCUAUCUACACAGAAUCCUGCCGAGCCUAAGCUCUGCUUUACGAUGCAGUUUCCCCUUACUUCAUCACAGGCUGAAAGAAGCUUUCAGUUUUUAAUUUUUUAAGAAAGCACGAAAAAUUAUAAUCAUCUGGAAAAUACCACACUGUCAUAUUUCAGAUGUCUGCAGUAGAAUGUACUGUAACUGAGCCCUUUCCUGCAGGUUUUAGGCUCGAGUGUCUUCUAUGGGCAGUCCGGCUAGCUGUCUUUUCAGGGACGUGGCUGUACACGUGUGUGCUGUAGACCUGCUGCUGCUGAAUCCUUCCUGGGGCUUUCUCAUUAGUCAGGGAGCAGAGGGAAUGAGCUUCUAGUUAUUCAUGCGUCCUUUGCCCUACCACCCACGUGGCUGCUGUGUUGUGUAUAGACUACUUCUGAGGUGAGUGCGCGCGCGCGUGUGUUUUACAAAUCCCUUAUUUCUCAGUGAUUUCAGUCAUGCCAUGACUUCACUGAAAACUAUGGAAAACCUAACCCGAUUAGAGGUUUGACUGUACUCAAGAUUAAAUGCGUACUUUUAAUAUAACGUGACCAGUUUAAGUGUAGUUUGUAUCUUACUGGGGGACCUCUUUUUUUUUUUUUUAAACUGUGAUUUAUUUUUUUCCUUCCUAAAUACAGGAGUAUGAUUGACUUUGGGAAGACACGUUCUUUGUCAAGACAACAAGCAAUGGAGUGUAGUUGAGGGAACUUGGGGCCCAGAUACGUUAAUGCCAUGCCACGGUUGUUUUCAUUGCCUGUUGAGGGUGUAAUGAUUUGUGUCAGCACCUUGCCUAUUGGCUGUGUUAUUUUCUUAAAUCAGCCUUCUGGCUCCCUGCAAGCUCAGAGCCCAGGUCGCUGAAGUGCACCAGUGAUGUUGAGCUCACAGCUCGCUGUGUGAACACACACAUGCAUGCAGGAUUGAAGCAGCUCCUUUCUCUCAACUUUUACUUCUAUUUCAGCUGAGUGGCUUUUCUUUUUCAGGCCCAUGGUCCCCUUAAAAGCAAAACAUGCUUUCAGGAGGGGUUUCAGUCCUAGCUCUGUGGCCCUGGGCAGGACACAUUCCUCCCUGGGUCCUUCUUUUCUGAGCUGUCUGGGACCUUCCACUUUUCCGUGAUGCUGGCUGAGCAGGUUCUUGUUGCUGGAGGCGGCUUUGGGUAUUGAACCUGUCCUGGACAUGGAAGAGACAAGUGGUUUUAGGCCUUUCCUCUAAAUACUUGUCUUUAAGGUGAGUCAGUCCUGCAGCAACAAAUCCUAAAUAGAAAAGGUGAUUAGUAACAAAGCUGGAGUUUUCUAACUGGAGAAAGAUCCCCAAACUGGGUACAGAAGUACACCUCAUUUGUCCUGUGUUGCUCCAUGGGGACAUUUGGUGGGGUCUUUGGGUUGAGAGCAGGGAGCAUCAGGAUGAGCCCAGCAGCUGAGACCUACUCUUGAGUGGGACUACUUUGGGACCAGGGAGCCUGGCAGUAGCAGGUCGGCGAAUCCCAGAGCCUGUGGGUGGGUGGGAUCCUGCAAAACUGAAGCUAGAGACUCAUCAGAGCUGCCAGCAGGAAGGCCAGUGGGUUAGCUUAGGUUUAAUUUCUGCUGGUUUCCCCAUGUGCUUUCUGGUGAAAUAUGAGAAAUUUCCUAGUCUGGUAGCCAGGAGAACACUGCCCCCUUGUGUCUGUAUAGCGCAGUGUUGUUCUUUCUCCAUUUACUUUAAAUACAUCCCUCUGCAAUACUGAGAGACUAUUUUAACAGACACCCGUGUCAGAUCUUACUGGGUGGUAUAAUUUGCUUCAGAUCCUUUUUUCCUCCCUAAAUAAAAUGGAACGGUUGAAGCUCUC